UCCUUCGUGGAAGGUGGCUUGGUGUCGUAAUCUCGCGAUCGUGUAACGUCGCGCGUGAACAAAAAUAAAUAUCCCAUCUGUUCAAAAAAUAUUGUGCGAGUUUUGUUAUUUUCCUAAAAAACCUACCCCAAAUAUGUGUGUGCAUCGUUAACCGCUGUUUAUUGUUACAUCGUAAAUCAUACAAGUUUAGUUUCUUAUUUUUGUGUUUGCAAAGUGCACAGUGAGGUUUUUGUUUUCGUUCCGUGUAUUGUUACUGGAUUUAUUAAUUCUAAUAAGCUGAACAGCGAUUACUAAAAGAUCACAUUGAUCUUCAAUAUGAUGCGAUGACCUGAAAGCGAUGCUGCUGCAGCAGGCGUCAUCGUCGCCUGGUCCCAGCGGCACGGCCAGUCCGAAACUUGCACCCAGUCCGAGACCAAAUCCUAGUCCAAACUUUGGUUCACGACUCACCGGCAGUCCGAGUUUGAGCGAUGGAGCUUCGAGCUCUAAUAGUCCCAGGUUGGGCGCCAAUAGUCCCAAGUUGGGCGCCAGUCCAAAAUUUGGAAGUCCACGACUGGGGGCUGGCAGUCCCAGACCGAGCCGGGCGUUGGAAGAUGAGGCCGCGUUAGAAAGGCUACAGGCCGAAUUGAAAGAAGGCUGGACUGUACAUACGGGGAGAGAUGGCAGACUGUAUUAUUGCAAUCACGUCACGAGAACAGCGAAUUGGCUGCCUCCAGCCGAGAGCUGGCCUAUCGCGAGGGAAGGCAGUGGAAGCGGCAGCGGGAGCCAAGCAGAGCAGGAAGACGAGGACUUGCCGUACGGAUGGGAGCAAGCGUUGGAUAGCAGGGGCAAACCUUAUUACAUCAAUCAUGUCAACAAAACAACGACGUACGUGGCACCCGAGGGCUGCUCGUGCGAGUCGCCCCCAGCCCCGAGGGACGUGGUGCUCGAGCGAGACCCCGAGUUGGGUUUCGGGUUCGUGGCUGGCUCAGAAAAACCAGUUUUGGUCCGGUUCGUAACCGACAACUCGCCCAGUGUGGGGAAGCUCGAACCCGGCGAUCAGAUCCUUUGCGUCAACGGUGAAGACGUCAGCUUAGCAGCUCGUGAACACGUCAUAUCAGCAGUCAGGGCGUGCACCGAGCGCGUAACGCUACGAGUGUGCCAGCCAGCGAGGAGUGGCAACCCUAUGAGAAGGUCCGCAUUGUUGUCAGCAGCGAAGAGGGCAAGACUGCGGGCCAGGCCGCCUCGAGUUAGAUUCGCCGACUCAGUCCAGCUGAAUGGAGCGCCUAUGUAUCCGCCAUCGGCGUUCUCCCUCGGUGAUCUAUGUCUACCACCAAUGGCGAAUGUUCUGAAGGUGUUCCUCGAAAAUGGGCAAACUAAGUCGUUCAAAUACGACAGUACCACCACCGUCGCUGACGUGGUGACCAGCCUGAAGGACAAACUGUGCAUAACCGCUGAAGAACAUUUCAGUUUAGUGGUAGAACACGUCAAGAGUUUGAGGAGAAACAAGCUUACCCUCUUGGACCCGAAGGAGUUUUUAGCGAGGAUUGCCGCUCGACCUGGCUCCCACAAAAUGCGCUGUCUCUUCCGUGUCGUAUUCAUGCCUACUUCUGCAGCAGAAUUGGCGCAGCGAGAUCUAGCAGCUCUCGAUUACCUUUACCUGCAAUGUUGUAACGACGUGGCCCAGGAGAGGUUCGCCCCCGAGUUGCAACCAGACGUCGCGCUGAGAUUGGCUGCACUACACAUGCAUCAGCAUGCGCUGGCCAACAAUUUGUCGCCCGCCAAACUGACAGUGAAGGCUGUUGAAAGAGAGUUCGGCUUGGAGCGCUUCGUACCGAGCGGCUUACUAGAGAGCAUGAAACGCAAAGAAUUGCGGCGGCUGAUUGCACACUUCCUGAAACUAAACUCCCAAAUGACGGGCAGUCAGCGGCAGCUGACCCAGCUGCAGGCAAAGCUCCACUACCUGGAUAUCGUGGCGGGCCUGCCCAGUUAUGGCGCCAAGUGUUUCAGCAGCACUCGUCCCGAGCGGGUACUCCUCGUGUCUCCGCGGUUCGGCCUUAGCCAGAUCGUUGGCAGGAGCAACUCUGUGCCCCAAUCGAUUGCCUCUCUGGAAGAAGUGGAGGGUAUCAGAGUGAAGCCGGAAGGCUCUGGAAGCUCCGACGUGGCGAUAUUCCUGAGAAGAGACCGGGUACUAGCGCUGCUUAUGGACGAAAGAGAUGCCGCUGAGAUGCCUUUAGUUAUUGCCGGAUAUUACCGGUUGGCUACAGGUCAAGAGCUAAAUGUGGAGCAAGAGAGAGAACCUAUAACGGAAGAUAUAGCUCCACCUUACUUAUCACAGCACAAUGUCGUGCCAGCCAAGUGGAGUUACUUGAAUUACGACGAUCCAAAUGUUCUCGCCAAAAAACAUUAUGCGAUCUUUAGCAUGCCUCCACCGUACCAUUCCACGCCGGAUCAAUCUAAAUCUAGCUUAGAUACUAACAUGAAUUCCAGUAUUACAAACAGAAACCACAGUAAUAGUUCCAGUCCCCUGAUCGGCUAUGAUUCCAAAUCAGGAUUACUUGGACACGAUUUGCAUUUAGACAAAUGUAAAAGAAACGAAGAGUUUAGAUUAUUCGAUCCAAAUGACGCUUGUUAUUUGGACGACGGCAUGGGUUUUGAUCUUCAAAGUGUUCUGUCUAUGGAACUCUUAGAGAAUGCGAGCAAUAACCCUAGGUUAAUGGAAGCUAAAAACGAAGAAGUAUUAAGAAGAGUGGCUGAAAUGCAAAAGUUAGUAGAAAAUUCUGAACAAUAUUUGACUGAAAAUUGUGAUGUUUAUAAUGAUGAUAUGUACAAUGAUGGUGUAUUAAGAGAUGAGUUUUUAGGUAAAGAAUCCAGUGUAGAUCAAUUAGAAAGUGAUACUGAGUCGAAUAAUAGUAGAAUGUCGGCAACCGAUGAUGCUCCUGGUAUUUUGAAGCACAGUGAUUCAUUAUUGCUUUUAACAGAAACUAUAAAUCAAGGAUUAAGUGGUUUAAAUGUACCAGAAAAUGUGAAAGACAAUAAUAGCACCGCAUUAACGGUAAGACAAUCCCAAGGGCUUAGUGCUAUCCUAAACAACUGUGGAUUAACCGACGCUUUAUUAGCUUUAAACAAUGAUCUUUGUCAUUCCGAAAGUGAUAACGAUUCAUUGUAUACUCCUACAAAUAGUCCCAUUAGAAGACACCAAAAUAAGCCAACUAAUAAAAUAGUUAGAACUAGUUUUGGUUUACAUAGUCCAGAUACAAUACCAGACAAUAAAGAACCGAAUUUAAAAGAAUAUUUGAAACAACUCAGAGAAAAAAGUAAUCAAGAAGAUGCAAGAGCAUCUGAAUUUCCAUUUUAUUGUCAAGAAAGCAUGGUUGAUAAUGAUGUCGAGCUUAUAGAUUUAACAUUGAUACCUCCUCCACAAACCCCUGAUGAACUAGACUGUGCUACGCAAGUGCCUCAAAUUUUACCAGUCGUUCCAGCAUCAUUUGCUGACGACAAAGAACAAAUACAAGAAGAUAAUACUGCACCAAAAACCAGUGAGCUUGAAGAAUUUAUAGCUAAUGUUACUAUACAGCCGCCAACUGUUAAAGUAACACCAGCAAUAGAACUUACUCCAGAAGAAAUUCUAUCAUAUAUUAUUCCACCUCCACCUGGAUCUAAUUCAUCAACUCUUGAUAGGGAACAAGUAAGAUACGUUAAUCAUAGCCAGAUAUUAGAAGCAAAAAAUGGACAAAACGUAAAUAAUACCAAAGCCACGAAUGGUGAAGUAGUAAAGGGAACACUAAGUGUAAGUGAAAUUAGAAAUAUGUUUGCAGCAAAAAGUUUAAGUGAUGCUCGAAAUAGUCUCUUGUUGAAAGAUAAAAGUAAACCACAAGCUCCUACUAAGUCUGAUUCACCGAAAGGUAAAAGAAAAAGUAUAAGCGGAGACAAACAGUCUAAUGGUAACGCUCAUGUUAUAGAAUAUCCCACAGUUGAGAGAAAGGGUAUGUUCUCGUGUUGCAGUAAAGAUAAAAACAAAAGCGAUGAUAAUAGUGAUGAAACGGAAAAACUUGAUAGUCAAAUGCAAAACUCAGACUCGAUGCCAGAUGUUUGUGAAAUCAGACCACCGCCGAGAAGAAAAAGUUCAGACACAAGAAAACCACCCGAGAGACCACCAAAAACACCGCCAACUCCAGCUCCACGACCUAGGUCCAACUCAUUUACUUGUCUAAACAAUGAGCUUACUGCCGUCGAAAUUCCAAACAAUCAUUUUAGUACAUUGAAUAAUAGAAAAUUAAAUUACAAAGUUGUAUGCGAAAUCAACGAGCAGAAUAUGCAAAAUCCACCACAAUUACCUCCACGAUUAGAGAACAAAGCCUUGUCACCUCCCCCGCCGUUAUUACUACCUCCCAAAAAGCCACCGCUACCUCCCGUACCAAGCAUUGAAGUAUUACGAAUAAAAAACGCACAGAAACAAUCACCUAUAAGAAACCCAGAGCAGCGUCUUGCAAGUAUAGGCUCGCCACACUUUCAGCGUAACCUCAACACGUAUAAAAAUCUCGAAAAUGAGAGCAGAGCAAUGGAUGAUGAGUCGCUGAAUGUGAGAUCAUCUCAAAAUUACAGUUCGAUGACGUUGCAAAGCCGACACGUCCGUUCGAAUUCCGAAACCAAGAGCACAAUAUUAAAGAACAAGGAAAUAUCGACGGCAUUGUCUCUGUGCUCGCCACAGAUGAACAGACGGUUUAGCAACCGGCCCGACCUGCUGAAUGGUGCUCCCGGGAACGACUCUAGAACGUUCAGUCCGCCAUUAUCAGAGCGCAAGUCCUUUCGAAGAGAUAGCGCGAGUCCCACACCGAAAACACAGAAUCACGUGAGAUUUAAAGAGGACGUUGUAGAUGAUAUCCCGACCCCUCCUUCACCCCCUACGGUGAAGUUUCCAGAAUUCCAAGCGGGGAACAAUGGGCACGUAUCGAUUGAGAACCUGCUUUGUAAGACUGAAGUAGCUGUCGAUGGUCUCCUGCAAAGACUGCACCAGGUGGCGCAAAAGUGCUCCCAUCAGCACGCGCACGGCGGAGGGGAGGAUAUUGAUGAAAUAAAAUUCCAGCGCGCGCGCAGCGAGCUGACGUCCUGCGCGGUGUCGCUAGUGGGUGCUUCGAGGGCACUCGUGGGGGCACUAGGUGCACCGCCCCCCUCCGCCUCUCCCGCGGUUACCGGGCCGCCCCCCGCUGCUAAUGUUACCGCCCCCGCCGCCCUCGCUGACUGCCUCACACCGCUCAGAAGACUCGCCGACCUCUCUCAGGCACUCGGCAGACACACAUCCGCACCACUACAAACGAGGAACCUCGUGCUUCGAGUCCACGACGUGACAGCAGCCUUCAAGGAGCUAGCCGGCGCCGAAAUGGCACAAAUAAUACACGACCACAACCUGAAGAAAACUCAUAUGCAAGACCAAGACACCAAUUCCACGCUAGAAGGACAACUCGCUCUAAGAGCUGAAUGCUUAGCAAAUGUAUUGGCUACAUUGCUUAGAAGUUUACGAGUAUUUUCGCCGUAAAUUAUUACGCGCCAAAAUUAUUGGAGGUUAGAAAAAAAAGUAUUAUCUAUGCAAAGAUGGCUGCUCAUAAUCAUAGGGUAAUUAUUUUUUUUAACCAAUGUCGUCGGGCUAUAUACAUCCAUAAUAUAGAUUAAAAUAUAUUUUGUUCGUUUGUUAAUUACUUAGGUGUUUCUGUUGAAAUAUAACCGUUACUAAAAUGAGACCAAAUAAAAUUAGGUACACUUGUGUAUAAUAGUUGGCUACGCAUUAUGUUUAGUUCGUAGUUUUGUAAAUUUUAAUGUGAGUUAAUGUUUACAUAUGUUGUUAUACACGAUUUUGUAGCGUUAUUUUUAAUCUGCGGAUAUUAGAAUCACGCAACUUGAGCCACAGAUAUUCAUAAGUACUUAGUAUAAAUAUUUUUCAAAGAGAAUCAAAUUUUAUAUGUAAAAACUUAUUUAUACACUAAAUAAAGUACAUAUUGUGAACAGGGAUUUCGCUUACUUUUUAACUGAUAUUAUUUUCAAAUUCUAUUAUUAUUUCAUUUCUUUAUAAGAAUAAAUAACACAAUAAAAAUAGUUUUCUAACUUUUUACCAACGCAAUAUGCGUAAAAUAACAAAUAACCUAAAAAUGUAGCGUGCUGUGGCUCUAGUUAAAUUGAAUUUCUAAAAUGCUGGUACCUAUGUUGUGAAAAAAGUUAGUCUGUUAGAUGUUCUUUUUUCAAAUUAGUACCUACCAACUAUUUUUGCUUUUAAUAUUCCGUAGGCGAAACGUUACCAUAGAGUUUAAUUAAUUUUAUCACAUAUCUAUUUACACGAGAGUUUUACUGUAUAUUUCUGUAUUUAAGAACGUGUGAUCAGAUGUAAGGGUGCAAACUUCGAUACUAAACUAAUCAUAUCUCAACAACCAUAUCUCAGUGUUUAAAAACACGAUUUCGAUUGAAAACAUUUCAAACUAGAACAUCGUAAAAAUGCCGCGCAAAAUUUUUAUCAUUGUGUUGGCAAUUUCGUUUUAUAAAAAAAAGUAUAAUGUUGCCAGCAAUCGUUUUUUGGUACACGCGAUGUGCUGAUAUUAAAAUAUUGGUGCUAUUUUGGAAAAGUGUACGUUUUUUGUAUUGUGAUUGUUUAAAAAUAACCUGUAAUUAUGUUUUAGAUGACGUCUAUAUCAUAAGAUGUCAUAAUGCACCAGUGAUUUGAUUUAUAUAAUAUAAAUAAAUAAACAUAAGGUUGUUUUUUGCAAUGCAAUAAUUUAAUAUAAAAAUACAUUUUACCGCUAAUAUGUUAUAAUGGUUUACGUGUUAUUUAACUAUUCUCGCCUGCUAAGUACAAUUUUGUUUUUUUUUUUGCACGAAUUCCAAAGCUUCUGUACAGUGACCAAAGAGAUGAGAAUUUUUUUUUUUUUUGUUUUUACCGAAUAUUUCAUUUUCUCUUCGGCUUGAUAUUCUUCCACAUAAACAGAUUACAUAACAUAUUAUAAAAUAUAUACUAAAUAGAUUACUCGUCAUGUUAGGCAGAUACACAUAUAAAAGUUCUAUUUUUCUGUUAAUGUGUUUAAAAACAACUAUGUAUUAUAUAUAUUAUAUUAAAAUAACAAAACACUAAAAUAGCACUUAAUUUAUACCAAAAUUUAUUUAUUUUUUAUAGCUGUAACACUAUUUUUUGUAGGGGCAAGUUUUAUUAUUCGUUUACCCGAUGUGUAUCGUGCUUUACAUGUACCAACAUUUUAAUAAAAAAAAUACAUAGAAUUAUAUACCUACAUACAAGGUAACAUUGUAUCACCCCAAUUUAUUUAUUGUUCAAGAUAAUGCAAUGCAUUUGAUGUAAUAAAAAUCUUAUAAAAUAA